AUGAAGCCAUUAUUCGUUGCAUCAGCGUUGUUGGCCGUCGCUUUCAGCGCCCUCCCCUCCGCCAGCGCCUCCUCGUCCAGGUCUUCCCUGCCUGCACAGUUCCUGCCGCCGCAGGUCUUCAGGAAUGCCAACUUAGUCCACAUCAUCUCCUUGGAGAAGAAUUAUGUCAAGGAUCAGAUAAAUGUCCUCAUAGAGAAUGUUUCCAACGAGCCACAAAGCGACUACUACGUACCGUUCACCACGGAACAAAUUGCUCGCCUUGGCGGGUUCGAAGUAAAGGAUCGCAAGAACGCAAACGCAGGUCCGUUUGUUUCAGAAGCAGUCGAAUAUGAUCCCAACAGUGACACUCAGUAUUAUCGUAUCCGUCUCCCAACUCCUCUCAAAGCCGGCGGCCAACAAACCCUCGGCAUAUCAUUCUACAACUUAAAGGCAUACAGACCUCUGCCCGCCUCUAUCAAGCAAGACGAGAAGCAAUAUCUCGUCCAUGAUUUCUCUGUGUACGCGCCAUCUGCCUAUCCCACCUUGAAGCAAAAGACCGAAAUCAAGGCCGCGUCAUCCACGAUCCCUGACUACACCAAGCUCACCGAGGGCGAGGAGGAGCAGCCACAGAAGCAGGGUGCCAAGCUCACGUAUGGUCCCUUUGGUGAGAAGCCUGCUGGAGCCGUGUCCCCCGCCCAGGUUCGAUUCGAGUUCACCAAGCCCGUCACCCAUGUGUCUACACUUGAACGUGACAUCGAAGUCAGCCACUGGGGUGGCAAUAUUGCCUUUGAGGAGCGAUACACGAUGCACAACCGCGGUGCCAACCUGUCGUCCCCUUUCGACCGAGUCAAGUACGCACAGUCUUCUCUCUUCAGCGCUGCCUCUAAUGCCCUGAAGGAGCUUCGUGUUCCCCUGCAGGUUGGCAGUGUUGAUCCGUACUUCACCGACGUCAUUGGCAACGUUUCAACCUCCAAGUUCAGAAGCAACAAGCGUGAAGCAUUGCUCGAGCUGAAGCCCCGCUACCCCCUUUUCGGUGGCUGGAAGUAUCCCUUUACCAUUGGCUGGAACACUGAUGCUGCCAACCUCCUCCGCAGGACCGCAACUGGUGGCUAUGUUUUGAAGGUCCCUUUCCUCGAGGGCCCCAGGCAGGCGGAAGGCGUUGAGUAUGGCCAAGUGAUGAUCCGCGUGGUCCUGCCUGAGGGAGCUCGCAACGUCAAGUAUUACACUGGUAUCCCCGAAUCUUCCAUUGUCAAGACUGAAGUCAGCGUUCACAAGACCUACCUCGAUACCCUGGGCCGCACCUCAGUGACGAUCGAGGCACAGAACCUGGUUGAUGCAUUCCGCGACCGCGACGUCAUCAUUUCAUACGAGACCUCGGCGUUGGACACUCUGCGAAAGCCUUUUAUCGUGUUUGCUAGCAUGAUGGCCGUGUAUGCGGCCGCCUGGGCAGUUGGCAAGGUGGAGGUUGGGUUUGCCAAACAAUAA